GAACGUGCCAGGGAUUUGUUAAAUGUGUCCGAAUUUGCGGAAAAUAUGGCGGUUGAAUUAUUGGGUAUAACAGCAACCGAAUACAAUGCUGCACUGUUGUUGAAGGCAAAGGACAAUCGUGGACGCCCUCUGCUUGAUGUGCUCAUCGAAAAUGAACAGAAGGAGGUGGUUUCGUAUGCAUCGGUACAGCGCUAUCUCACUGAAAUUUGGACUGGGCGAGUGGAUUGGUCAUUUGGUAAGACGGUCGCGUUCACGCUGAUGACACUCAUUUGUCCGCCGGCAUGGUUCUACUUUUCGUUGCCUCUCGACACACGUAUUGGGCGCGCUCCAAUCAUCAAAUUUGUCUGUCACAUCGGUAAAUUUUAUGCAAAAAUAGACAAUCAAAAUUUACUGUUCUAA